AUGGCUGACAGCAUCCCGUUAAAUCCGAUACGGAAGAACUCGAAGAGAAUCCCGUAUUACAACUCAUCCAGACUUUCAAGAUACUCUCUAGAAGAUGAGCCCUCUAACCUGGAUGAGAUGCCUCUGAUGAUGUCGGAAGAAGGCUUUGAGAAUGAUGAGAGCGAUUACCAGACGCUGCCCCGGGCCCGGGUCAAUCAGAGACAGAGAGGCCUCGGCUGGUUCCUCCUAGGAGGGUGGAAAGUCCUCUGUGGCAGCUGCUGUGACUGCCUGGCCCAUAUUUGUCGAAGGAAGAAGGAGCUGAAGGCCAGGACAGUUUGGCUUGGCUCCCCGGAGAAAUGUGAAGAGAAGUACCCAAAAAAUGCCAUCAAAAACCAGAAGUACAACAUCUUUACCUUUGUGCCUGGGGUUCUCUACCAGCAGUUCAAGUUCUUCCUCAAUCUCUACUUUCUGGUGGUGGCCUGUUCCCAGUUUGUGCCAUCACUGAAAAUCGGAUAUUUGUACACGUACUGGGCACCUCUGGGUUUUGUGUUAGCCGUUACAAUGGUGCGAGAGGCUGUGGAUGAAGUGCGACGGUACCAACGGGACAAAGAGAUGAACUCUCAACUCUACAGCAAGCUCACAGUGCGAGGUAAAAUUCAAGUGAAGAGUUCAGACAUACAAGUUGGGGACCUGAUCAUUGUUGAUAAGAACCAAAGGAUUCCUGCAGACAUGAUAUUCCUGAGAACGUCAGAGAAAAAUGGUGGAUGUUUCAUCAGAACUGAUCAGCUGGAUGGAGAAACUGACUGGAAACUGAAGGUUGCUGUUGGCUGCACUCAACGACUACCAGCAGUGGGGGAUCUCUUCUCCAUCAGCGCCUAUGUCUACGCCCAGAAGCCUCAGCUGGACAUCCACAGUUUCGAGGGGAACUUCACAAGGGAAGACACAGAUCCCCAGAUCCAUGAGAGUCUGAGUAUUGAAAACACUCUGUGGGCCAGCACAGUCGUUGCAUCUGGCACGGUGAUAGGGGUGGUGAUCUACACAGGCAAAGAGACCAGAAGCGUACUGAACACGUCCUAUGCCAAGAACAAGGUUGGCUUACUGGACCUAGAGCUGAACCGCCUCACCAAAGCCCUGUUUCUGGCCCAGGUGGUGCUCUCCAUUGUCAUGGUAGCAGUGCAGGGGUUUGUGGGUCCUUGGUUAAGCAACCUAUGCCGAUUUGUCGUGCUUUUCUCUUACAUUAUCCCAAUCAGUUUGCGUGUAAACCUGGACAUGGGCAAGUCAGCCUACGGCUGGAUGAUCAUGAAAGACGAAAACAUCCCCGGCACUGUUGUGAGAACCAGCACCAUCCCAGAAGAACUGGGCAGGCUAGUCUAUCUGCUUACAGACAAGACAGGCACUCUGACACAGAACGAAAUGGUCUUCAAGCGGCUGCACCUGGGAACAGUAUCCUACGGCACUGACACCAUGGAUGAGAUCCAGAACCACAUUGUCAAGUCAUAUGCACAGGUGCCCUCCCAGCCCUCCAAUGGCAGCACCAGUGGCUCCACUCCAUCGCGGAAGACCCAGACGUCGUGCCCCAAAGUCCGCAAGAGUGUGAGCAGUCGCAUCCACGAGGCUGUGAAGGCCAUCGCAUUGUGCCACAAUGUCACGCCCGUCUAUGAGUCGCAUGCCAUCGUAAAUGCAGAGACGGAAUCUGCUGAAGCCGACCAGGACUACAGUGAUGACAACCGCACCUACCAGGCCUCCAGCCCUGAUGAGGUGGAGCUGGUGCGGUGGACGGAGAGCGUCGGCCUGACCCUGGUGAACAGAGACCUGAACUCUCUGCAGCUGAAGACUCCUUCUGGACAGAUUCUCUCCUUCCACAUCCUGCAGAUCUUUCCCUUCACCUCCGAGAGCAAAAGGAUGGGCAUCAUCGUCAGGGAGGAGUCGACAGGAGACAUCACUUUUUACAUGAAGGGUGCUGAUGUUGCCAUGGCGAGCAUCGUCCAGUAUAACGACUGGUUGGAAGAAGAGUGUGGGAACAUGGCCAGAGAAGGCCUGAGGACGCUGGUGGUGGCCAAGAAGUCUCUUUCUGAGGAGCAGUAUCAGGACUUUGAGAGUCGCUACAACCAGGCGAAGCUGAGUAUCCAUGACCGAGGCCUGAAGGUUGCAGCAGUGGUGGAGAGCCUAGAGAGGGAGAUGGAGCUUCUGUGUCUGACCGGUGUGGAAGACCAACUACAAGCAGACGUCCGACCCACACUAGAGCUGCUCAGGAACGCUGGCAUCAAGAUCUGGAUGCUGACAGGAGACAAGCUAGAGACCGCUACAUGCAUCGCCAAAAGCUCCCACUUGGUCUCCAGAAACCAAGACAUCCAUGUCUUCAAACCGAUCUCAAGCAGAGGAGAGGCCCAUCUGGAGCUCAACGCCUUCAGAAGGAAACAUGACUGUGCUCUGGUCAUCUCUGGAGACUCCUUAGAGGUGUGCUUGCGGUAUUACGAGCAUGAGUUUGUAGAGUUGGCGUGUCAGUGUCCAGCGGUGGUCUGCUGUCGCUGCUCCCCGACUCAGAAGGCCCAGAUCGUCACGCUCCUCCAGCAGCACACCGCCAACAGAACCUGUGCCAUAGGUGAUGGAGGAAAUGAUGUCAGUAUGAUCCAGGCUGCAGACUGUGGUAUCGGAAUUGAAGGAAAGGAAGGGAAACAGGCGUCUCUGGCCGCAGACUUCUCCAUCACUCAGUUUAAGCACAUCGGUCGCCUGCUCAUGGUUCAUGGCAGGAACAGCUACAAGCGCUCUGCAGCGUUGGGUCAGUUCGUCAUGCACAGAGGCAUGAUCAUCUCCACCAUGCAGGCAGUCUUCUCCUCGGUAUUUUACUUUGCCUCUGUGCCCUUGUACCAGGGUUUCCUAAUGGUUGGUUAUGCCACCAUGUACACCAUGUUUCCUGUGUUCUCCUUGGUUCUGGACCAAGAUGUGAAGCCAGAGAUGGCUCUUCUCUACCCAGAGCUUUAUAAAGACCUCACCAAGGGGCGUUCUUUAUCUUUCAAGACAUUCCUCAUUUGGGUUUUGAUCAGUGUGUAUCAAGGUGGCAUCCUCAUGUAUGGUGCGUUGGUGCUGUUUGAGUCGGAGUUUGUGCACGUGGUCGCCAUCUCCUUCACAGCGCUCGUCCUGACGGAGCUGCUGAUGGUGGCGCUGACUAUUCGCACCUGGCACUGGCUCAUGGUGGUGGCCGAGUUCUUCAGCUUAGGCUGCUACCUGGCCUCGCUCGCCUUCCUCAACGAGUACUUUGGCAUAGGCAGGGUGUCCUUUGGAGCGUUCCUUGACUUGUCGUUCAUCACAACUUGGCCUUUCCUGUGGAAGGUGUCCGCCAUCACGUUGGUCAGCUGUCUUCCUCUCUACAUAAUCAAAUACCUGAAACGCAAGUUUUCCCCACCAAGCUACUCCAAACUAUCCUCAUGAGCCAAACUUGGAUUACUCUAGUUUGUUUUGUAGUUUGCUUCUCUGAGCUUUCUAUUUUCAGCACUUUUUUUACUCACUGAUCUUCAGUGAUGGACAGGUAAGGAACCACUAGAACAAAUCGGAAAAUGGAGAGAAAUGAAUUGUUCUUUGGAUUAUGUCACUGAGACUUGGGAUUACUUGAAAAAAAAAAAAACGGAGCACAUAAAAACAGACUAUAAAAGGAUGGAUUCAGUCACGCAAAAGAAGGGCAAACUGGUGUAACUGACUGCACUUACAACUUGCCAGAAAGAGUCAAUCUGCCUUUUUUGUUGUUGUUGUUGAAGCAUUUCAAACAAAUCGGCUUCAAAUGUCAAUUUAUACAGUUGUGAUGCAUUUCUUUCAGUGUUUAAAUUUUUACAAGUGGAGUUCAGAAUUUUUUUAAGUGUUAUUUUUUAUUCUAGGCAUUAAUUACAGUUUCCAGCCUGCGUCAUUGACCUGAGUUGAGUUGCUGUAAGGGAUAAAAAAAAACAGCAUUUAUUUGAAAAUUUUCCUGUUGGUGUAAAUAAAGCCUUUACGCGCAGCUUUGAUCACUACGGCUGUCGAUGUAAAACCUCACUGCGUUUAAAUAAGAACAUUUACGAUGACGUGCACAAAGAAAAUGUUAGGACUUGCUUCAAACUGAAUUUCUGUGCGUAUGCUGCUUUAUGUCCUUUGCAUUUUUAAGACGCGGAAUGACAUCAUCAAUGAUCAUCUCCGUAGUAUACAGUAAAACCAGCACUCCAUAGAAUUUACACAAUAAAGUUAAUAAAAAGAAAAUAAGAACAGCACUUCAUAGCAUCAUUGUAUUGUCCGAAUAUAUUUGGCCUUGAUUACGGAAUUUUGUCAUUUGAUGUCUUGUCGGUGGCCACAAGUCCUCCUGUAGGGACAUGGCAGCUCGCGUUGUGCCUCUUUGUGAUGGAUGUUAAUGUACUGAAGCUGCAUCUCACAGCAUUUGGAUGUUUAAACAAUCAGUCAGAGGUUUGGGUUAGUGUUUGUUUUGGUUACCUCUGCAGCCAGAUCUGAACUUCCAGGAGCUUGAAUUUUCUCUUCUCUGAAAACAUUUUUUCUGAAGGUAGAACUACUUUAAAAGUCACAAUGAAGGACCCUGAACCACUGAUAGCUGUAUAGUUUUUAGCCUUCAUUGACAAUAUGACUCCCCUGGGCUUCGGUGUGACUUUGGCCUGCAGCAGACAUUGACAUUCAGCUCUUUUUAAAGGAGGAAUGAGUUUUAUUAUUCGCUCCAUGUACUGUACUGUAAGUGUUGGGAACAUGUUUUGAGCACAGUGGACACAAACCAGAUGGAGUAAAGUUAAACUGAUAAACCUUUAAAUAUACAGUUCAGUAAACAGGGUGUGGUCUAGCUAUGUUUAUUAGUCAGGUUGUCUUUUCUUUCUGAAUCACAAUUGAGUUAAACUCAGGUUGAUCGUUCCUAAACAUAGCUGUAUUAUUUGGUUUAUAUCGUGGCAACCGUGCUGUAAAAUGUAGCUACACUGUACAAAAAAAAAAGACAAAUAACGGAUGUAGUUAUUUGGGAAAGAGUUGGUGUGACUGCGACACUUUAAUGCAAAUUGCAUUUAGGUUUUCAAUUUCUGAUUCUUAUGAAUUCUUUUAGAAAUUCCAAAUGUUGAUUCCUGUGUUUUCUGUUGAGAUCUUUGUUCUGUGUUUGUGAUGUCGUUUCAUCUUUUCUUUCUCGUCAACUUGCUUUCCAUACACUACACUGCGAUUUCUAACAGUGUCUGUUAUUUAUAAUAUUGUUAUUGAUUUAAUGAAUAAUAAAAAGGGAGAACAGAUGCCAAAAGGUUCCCUUUCUCUAUAUGUCUACAGUAACUGAACGUCAUUGUUAGGUUCAUCAUGUGGCCACUAGAUGGAGAUAGAGACUAAGCCCUUGACAGAAAACAAUGUGGCUUAAAUUAAAGGAGCAUUACAGUAAAAUGCACAGUAUUAUUGACCUUCAUGAAGAUUGUUAAAUUCCCCAUGACAACUGUUUUUUAAUGCAGUCAAAUUAUUCAAUAAAUGUACAUUAUUAAACUUUAGAAACCUUUGUGACUGGAGUUUCCAUUGCCAUAUUUUUCAGGCAGUUUAAUGAGCCAAUGUAUUUGAAAAAAUAAAUUUUGGGUACUUUGUAGAUGGAACACACAUUUGCAACAAUUUAAACCCAGCAAAACAAAGGUUAUGUAUUCAGGUUUAACAAUUAUUCUUUACAUGCUUUUUACACACAUUUAUAACUUGAAUACUGACAGCAUUUAACUCAAAAUGUCCAUUAUCUGAGUAAUACCUUAAAGUCCCCCUCCACUCAAAUGUAUGUUUAGCUUAUUGUUCCUUCUCUUGGAUGUUUGAGGGGGUGUCUCUGUCUCUGUGCUCACCUUAAAUCUCAGUUUAACACCUGGAUGUAUGAGUAGGAUUUUAUGACAUCACAAGUUUAAAGCCAAUCGUGGGCCAGUAUGUAAUUUAUACAGGUGUGAAAACUUCAAUCCUCCAGUGCUGGUAACGUACACUGAAAAUUAUCUUUUCAGUGAAGUACAGACAUAUUGUUUCUAGCAGUUAUACUUUUGAAAUCGGAAAUAUGUUCAUAGUAAUUCAUAGAUUAUGGAUUUUUAAAUGCGGGAUAAAGGGUAGAUGUAACUUUAUGAAUUCCUAACAGGGUAAUCAAACUUUUCUGUGUGGGGAAAAAACAUAUUGGAUGCAAAUAGUUAUUCAAUUUUGAGUUUUAUGUUUGAAUGAAGAGUACAUGUUAUUCUGUAAUUUUUAUUUUUUUUAGGUAUUUGAACCUUUUUAUGAAAAAAACAAUAUCCAAAACAAAAUAUUAUUCAGCACAGAGUAUUUCUAUACGUUUUAGAACAUGUCUGGAGGGGAUCUUAUAAACUUUUGAAAUGAAAAAGAGAAGGAGUAUGUAUAUUUUGUUAUUUUAAAUGGGUAAUUGAACCUUUUUGUCGGAAACUAAUUAUAAUUCAAAGCAGAGUAUGUGCCUUAAAACAUACAUUGUUUAAUAAUGGAGCCUCACUGUAUGUAAAGAGAGUCCUAAAACCUGUAGUAAUUACGGAUUGUGCUUUUAAAUGCAAACACUGUAGAGGAAGAGUUAUACAGUAAAAAAAAUAUAUAUAUAUAUUUUACCAUGUAAUUUAAGGCAAACAGACAAUGUGUUAUCAAUUUCUCCCCGCAGAGGUGGAAGUACUUAGUGGAUAGAGGAGUGACCCAGUGAUGAAUGUGAUGGUCUGCUGGCUUUAACAUGUUAAGAAAUGUUCUCUUUCAUCUCCUCGUCUUUCACUUUGUAGCUGCACAUCCACGGGAGGGGAAGAAGUGCUGCACUAUAGGUUGUAUUUAACGGUUCCUACACUAUGUGCAUCUAUGGAAGAUCACUGUGGUGUGUUUUCCAAAGCAGCUGCACUUAAUGUGCUGCAUGAGAAGCUUUGAUGGACCGGAUAAUGUUCAUGUGACUAAUGAUUUAUUGUACUAACAGAGAACAGUUUGUCUUUGGUGGAACAAUCUUCUUUUUGUUUAUCAAUUUCGGGUUUCUUGAUGAAACAAUGUAACAUUGAGAUUAGUCCUGGUCUUCUUUUCAUACAUAUUAUGAAAUUCUGAGGAGAGAAAAAAUGAGAUAAUUAGAAACAAAACUUUCAAAGUGGUUUAGAAAAUACAUAAAAUACUAACAAUACUAAGGCCAAGAAGAUAAAUAAAUACAACUCUCAUAAAAAGAAUCUGAAAUAACAGACUUAACAAAUUUGAGCUGUUUAUGAAGAUGAUUCCAUAAUUUAACGCUAAUGGUACUGAUUGACUUCCCGUGGUCAUUUAAUUAAACCUACGGGAACAUCUGGAUUAGACUUCAAUGCUGUCCUCAAGUUGCUCACAUAUUCAUAUAGUGUAAAAAGAUAAAUAUUUAUGCAUCAGGGAAACUCCAGUUAUGUUGUACAGUUAUGUGUGAUGGAGGAUGCCAGCACAGUGUUCACUCGUCCGUACGCCCAUCAUCACUCCGGUUGCAGCUUUUAUGUCCAUCUGAAGGCACAACAUUUGUUUCCGAGUGAGGCUGGAAAACAGAGAGCUGAAGUAUUCUAAGUCAUCCGUAAAUAACUCUUUAUAUAGAGGAGGAGGAGGAGGAGGAGGAGGAGGAGGACUAAGUGCUCAGUUAGUUUCACAUGUCCAAAAGGUGCUCUUGAAGAUGAAAAAACUGCUCGCAGAAAAGAAAUUGUUCUUCAAAUACAGAGAAAACAACUGUCAAAAUAAUAGAAUAUUAAUAACCUAAAAAUCUGACCAUACAAAUCGUGACUUAAGCAUGAUGCCGUUCUAAAAGUUUCAAUCAAGAAGGUUGUUUAUGAAAAGGGUUUAUUAGUUAACAGUGUUUCUUCAUUUAGAGCCGGAUAUACUAAGGCAUCAAGUUAAAAAAUCCAUUAAAUAUUAAUAGAUUUGUUUCUGUCCUCAAAAAUACGAUAGUAUUGUAUUGUUAUACAUGACAGGAAUUAAGAAAAGUCUGAUAUAUAUAGACCGAUAAGGUUAUAUCAUUAUUUUAAAAUAAUAAUAUGUAUGUUAUAAUAAACGUAUUGAGCACCCAUCAAAACAAAAUACAAAGUGCUUCAGAAAGAGAAAAAUGAAAUAAAAUACCAAUGUGAAUGAUAAAAUACAUGAAGGUCUAAAUUAAAAACCAUAGACAAGAAAAUGAAAAACCAAUCAAAUAAACAGGCAGCUCAGAUAAAAAUCAGGAGAUGCUUUCAGAUAAAAGUAGUUUUUAUUUUAUUUUUUGAUAGAAGAGCCUCAACAGAAGACCCUGACUCAGACAGCCUUAUUUCCUCGGGCAGGUCCUUUCAGAGCCUCGGGGCCCUGAUUGCAAAAGCUCUGUCCUCUUUAGUUUUCAGCGUGGACUCCGAUGGUAAGACCACGGCCUAAGGACCUCAAAGUACGCAAAGGUUCAUAAGAGAUUAAAAGGUCUAAAAUAUAAUCUGGAGCCAGGUCAUGAAGAGCCUUUAAAGUAUAAAUAAAUGUAAAAUAGGAUCUUUUAUAUGUCUGUUUUAUAUGUCCUAUGUUCUGUCCUAUGUUCGGUUUUAUAUGUCCUGUAAGGAUUAUUUAUUGUAUUUACUGUAUGCACCCAGUGGAGUAGCGCUCCUGAUUUCGCUGUAUUGUAAAGUACAAUGACAAUAAAGGCAUUCAUUCAAA